UUCUAUUUUUUUGGUCAUGGAGAAAUUUUCAGCUUUGCUUUAAAUUUCUUCUUUUUAGCAAUUUCACCACUAAAAAACUCUUAAUUGUUGUUUUUUUCAGCUAUUGGAUUGAUAUUCUUUUGUUUGCUCUUUGUUUCGUUUAAUUCUAGCUCAAAGAUCGGAAAUUGAGAAGAAAUAAAUUUAUAUAUAGCGAGAGAGAUGGCGCUUGAAAGAAUCGACUUUGGAGUUGAAGUUAGGAAAUAUGUGGUGAUAUCAGUUAAAACAUUUCAUAGUUUUAUUUGUAAUCAUCAAUUUUUGGUUGGUUUGGUUUGCUUUUUAAUUUUUCUGUAUAGAUCAUUUCCAUUGUUGUUUUCCUUCUUGGUUACUGCAUCUUCUGUUUUGGUUUGCACUGCUGUUUUGCUUGGUAUCCUUUUGAGUUUCGGGUCGCCAAACAUACCUGAAAUCAACGAACACGAAGAAGAGAAUGUUAGUCAUGAAGUUUCACCAUUGAAAACCAGGAGUGCCGAGGAUGAUACUGUUGUCAAAAGAGAUUUUACCGAUGAUGAUUUUGUUGUACAAAGACAUGUAGGGAAGAGGUGGGAUGCAGUAGAUAAUGCUGAUGAGAAAGUUACUUUAGUCGAUAAUGAGGUCAAUGGAGUUGAGGAAGGUGACAUUUCAGUUCUUUAUAAGCUGUUAGUCAAUGAUGAUUUGGAUUCUAAGGAUAUUCAUUGCGAGAAUGGGGUGGUUGAUGAGGUGGAGGGACUGUUGAGUCAUUCUCUGAUAGAGAUGACGACUGAAAUUCGGGAGGAGAUGCUAGAAAGUGAACGGGUGUCAAGUUUGAGGGAGGCUGAGGAGUGUCAACAUAUUUUGGCAGAUGAAAUAGGAGAUAGGAAUCUUGAAGCGGUUGAUUGUAAACUCACAUCCGAUGUUGAUGAUGGUCCAAGGGGUAGUGAAUCGGAUUCUUCUCUGAUUUUUUCUUGGAAAUGUGUUGCGGACAAUGAGGAUGCUGGUGAUGAUGGUAAGGAUGACGACGAAGAUGAUGAAUCUUCAGAUUCUGGUUCUGGUGGUGCUGAGAGUUCCUCUCCUGAUGCUUCACUGGCAGAUAUAAGCCUGAUGCUUGACGAGUUGCAUCCGUUUUUAGGAUCAGAAGCUACACAGCCUGCUCAUUUGUCUCGUCAUGGUUUGGAUCCUGCCUCGGAGAGUUCUGGUGAUAGUAGUAAUGAUGGAAGUGUUGACUCGGAUGAAUUAGAAGAUGAGGGAGACAGAGAUAAUGAAGAGGAAGGAGGAGAGAAGGGAGAUGAAGAGGAUGAAAGUAAAUCUGCGAUUAAAUGGACAGAGGACGAUUAAAAGAAUCUCAUGGAUUUAGGGACUUUAGAGCUUGAAAGAAACCUACGAUUGGAUAAACUUAUUGCAAUGAGAAGAGCCCGCAAAAGCAUGAGAUUGAUGGCUGAGACGAAUCUAAUAGACUUAGAUAGUGCUGAUAUUCCCUUAAAUUUAGCACCAAUUUCUACCUCAAGAGGUAACCCUUUUGACCUUCCAUAUGAUUCCUACAAUGACCUCAGGUUACCACCCAUUCCUGGGUCAGCUCCAUCAAAUUUGCAGCACCGAAGAAACCCUUUUGAUAUUCUUUAUGACUCGAGCGAGGAAAAACCUGAUCUUAAAGGAGACAGUUUCCAAGAAGAGUUUUCAGGUUUUAAUCAAAGAAUGGCUACCCAAAGGGACUCCUUCUUCAGCCGACAUGAAAGCUUUAACGUUGGAUCAUCUUCUUUAGUUGUUCCUCGACAAGAGCUUAAGUGGAAACCUUAUUUUGUUCUGGAGCAAUUAGUACCAGAAGAAGCUAGCCCUUCCUUAUUCCAAAGGCAGUCAAGUGAAGUUAGCGAGUCAAAGUUGAGUUCUGUUCUUGAUACUGAAUCAGUGAGUUCAAUUGUGGAUGAGGGGGACAACAAGCCAGAUAAGCAAGACGUCUCUCGAGAAACUGAACCAAUCUUGAAUGAAGAUCGUGCUUCUGUCAGUGAUGAACAGGAAAGCACUUCCUAUGACGAUGUUGAAUAUGUGGAUGUUGACCUAGUUGAGAAUAGAGAUGUUCAUCAUGAUGUGGCUGAGAUCACAUUAGGAGAUGGAGAAAGUCAGCUGGAUAUUGAAUCAAUGUCUGAAGCUGGUGUGACUACUUAUUCUGAACACAAUGAUAGUGAAGCUAAGAACAGAGAUGUUCAUUAUGAUGAAGUUGCGAUAACGUUGGGAGAUGGAGCUCCAGCUACCACUCAUGUGGAAUUCAAUGCAACUGAAAUUCAUCCCAGAAUUGAGCCAGCCGAGGAUGAUGAUAGCAAUAGAUCAAGUUUGUCAUCAUUGUCGAAACGAUUUUUUUUAA